ACGAAAGCAUUCGUUAGGUAACCAAUUAUAUAGAUAUAAAUAGGAGCCAUCCGAUGCCGACGAAUCGACCUAAAAUCAGCCCUGGAGAUCAUAAUUCAUUUGUCAAAGAGAGUCGGGAAGAUGGAUACACCAAGCGAAAUACUUUACCCACUGGCAAACGCUUCACGGGACAACCUCGCAAGAGUAUGUGAAUCCUUAUGGGGAUGGAAACCAUGCGCGCAGUGGAUUUUGGGGAAGACGUGCUAUCAGCCGUAUGACUGUCCAUGUAGGCAUGCUGCAAGAUUGGAGCCUUUCUUUGACUUCUACAGAGAUGUCACGGCUUAUUAUAUUCCCGAUCUUACUGGCGACUCAUGUCCUGCCUUGAGAUCUCACGAUGAUCUCAUUGAUAUUAUCUCUCUGAUCAAGAAAAAUGCAGAAAGACCUCGUUCGAGGCUAACGAUUGAAUAUUUCAGUCAGCGUGGCGUUCAGACGCCACCGAUAACCGACCAGAACAGGGCUUUCAGUCUGGCCGCCCGCAUUACGAGCAUGAUUAAAUGCUCUAUUGAGAACCAGUCGGACGGCCUAUUAGAAGCAGGAACUCAACCUAUAACAUGGCAUAGUGACAAGUCAUUCACGGCUUUCGUAGACUCUGCGUUUCCUAAACGAGAGCAACCUAAACUCAAUCCCGAUGACGAUGUCGCCUCGUCCGAGAAGGUCCAUCUGGCCCUAGUAACGGCAAAGAGAUUGAGGAAGGUCGCACACUUGAAGGCCAUUCCUACCAAUAAUCUCAAGGACCACCUGCUUCUUGAUUAUAAGAAUAGUACUGUUGCCAUAUACCACUAUACGAGUGUGCUGAAGGAGCACAUUCUCGCUUGUAGGGAAGAAGCGAUGGGGCAGACACUUGGGCAGUCUACCCCUAAGUCUAUAUCCAGCAAUGGAAAUAUUCCUCAACAAUUGGCUCUCGAGACACUCAGUACCAUUCAAAAUAUCCUCUUCCCUGUCGACCCCGAGUCACGAUCGCUUCUUCGGUCGCUCGUCUCCAAGGAAAAAUUUGAUCCAGAUAUUCUUCGCCUCGAACCCCCAUCUCAUGGCAGUCCGGACGAGCAGCAGAUCGGAUACGAGUACUGGGGUUCCAGGCUUAUCGACUUAUACGACGAGUUGAAUAACCCGACGCCUAGAGGCUACGUUGAAAAUUGGUUACAGCGCAAGAGCGGUUCCAGAUAUAUGAUGAUGGCAACUUUAGCUGGUGUGAUCAUAGCAAUCUUUCUUGGAAUUUUGAGCCUCGCCGUAAGCAUUUUCCAGGCUUGGGUGGGAUGGCAACAGUGGAAACAUCCUGUCGCGGGAAACUGAGGAAAUAGAACUAGUACGAAGAUUUGAACUAAAAAUUCAAACCACCAGCCACCUCUUUUACCUAGUGCGUCAAGUCCAGGCUAAAACUGAGACCUGAUAGUGAUCCAUUCGCUAAAUCCUAGUGGAUAACCGCUAUAAUCUAAGUAUUCUUAGGGAGUUCGGCCACUGAAGAAAAACGCCAC